AUGACCAUCGAUUUUUACUACGCUUCGUGGAGUCCACCGUGCAGGACUGUGGAAUUGGUGGCCUACAUUUUGAAAGUCAAACUCAAUCCCAUCGAGACGAUACCGAGCAAAGGAGACACGCAAAAACCAGAAUUCAAACAACUGAACCCUCAGCAUACGAUUCCGACCAUCGUCGACAACGGUUUCGUUUUGAGCGAAAGCCGAGCGAUCUGCAAGUAUCUCGUAGAGAAAUACGGUUCAGCCACUGGGCCGUAUUCCAAAGAGCAGCUCUACCCAAAAGAUUUACAGAAAAGAGCGACGAUUGAUCACCGCAUUGAUUUUGAUUUGGGAUCUCUGUACAGAAGAGCAUCCGAUUAUUUCAGCCCAGUGUUCAUGACCGGAUACUUUGGAACUGCUGCCUUACCGAAAUUGAAAGCCGCCUUGGAAAUACUCGAUGCGUAUUUGGCAAAAACUAAGUGGGUGGCCGGGCCCGAAGUUACCCUCGCCGAUAUCGUCGUAGUAGUAACUAUAUCAAGUUUAGAGAUUGUGGGAUAUGAACUGACCAGUUAUCCUAACAUAUUGAGAUGGUUUGAUGCCGCACGGACAACUUUACCCGGAUACAACGAAGCCAAUCACAAAGGAACGGUAGAAUUUAAAGAUUAUCUGUUUUCAAAAUUGAAAGAUAAUUGA